AUUUCUCUUGGAAGCCUGCGGCGAUUUCGGCGACGUAAACGAGCGGGGUCCUUGUCGAGAGAAAAAGGCUCCGCGAGAAGAAGGCCGCGCAAACGUACCUCUGGGUCCGUCGUGGUGUUGUCCGCCGGGGGUGGCGGUGGCGGUGGGGGAGGAGGAGGUUGUAGACGUCGUGAUUUGGAACGUCGGUCAGGUGGCGGUCGGGGUGUUCCCUGUCUUGCCACCAUCAGUUCUUCUGUCGCAGGAUCCGCGGGGGGUUGCGGCCCCGUGGUGGGGCUCCCUUCCUAUAAAAAGCGCCAAGGCAGUGGCGCUGUCUGGGGCCGCGGCAGCCGUGGACGCGGCAGAGAACGCGGGGGCGGCGCGAACUUUUUCGGUUCCGGCGUCGCCCCCGCAAAUUACGCACCAGGACUGCAGGAUGUUGCGCCUGAGCUGCGAGAAGUCGUGAACAUCCUCGGCGAGAGAAACCAGAUUGGCACUCUAACAGGCGUGGGCCCGCCACCGGGAACGCUGGACAACGACAGCACGUGCGACGAUGAGGAGGGAACUUCUACCAAGAGACCGCCGAGGCCUCUUUACAGGAGAUUCAUUAACUACGUGAGGCAAGCCUGGACCGGCGUCAAAUUUGCUCUAGACUCAGAAUACGAGGAAGAGCAAAUACCAAGAUACAGGCCAGACUCUUUGGCAAGCCUUUGUCGAGCGACCAGAUUCACUGAAGCCGAGCUGAAGAGAAUAUAUCGCGGUUUCAAGGCUGAAUGUCCUACGGGAGUCGUCAAAGAGGAUACUUUCAAGUGCAUCUAUUCAAAAUUUUUUCCCCAAGGAGCCAAUACAAGCCAGUAUGCGCAUUACGUUUUUAAUACUUUGGACCAGGAUCACAGCGGGCUUCUCAGCUUUGAGGAUUUUGUUACAGGCUUGAGUAUACUGUCCCGUGGCUCGAUAGACGAAAAACUUCGUUGGACAUUUUCACUUUAUGAUAUCAACGGAGAUGGCUGCAUUACGAGAGAGGAAAUGACGGACAUUGUGACUGCCGUGUAUGAGCUGAUGGGAAAAUUCUCUGAUCCACAUUUGGAUCACGAAGGUGUACGCCAAAAAGUGGAUCGAAUGUUUCAGAAAAUGGAUGGCAAUAGGGACGGCGUAGUGACGCUAUCCGAGUUCUUAGAGGCUUGUCGCGCAGACCCGGACAUUUCGACCAGUAUGGCAGCUCUGGACACUGCCUUCUGACAGUCACAGCGUCCGCGAUACAUACCAUGGACCUGAAGGGAUCACUCGAUUAAGAAAUAAAUCGCUCAAUGUUGUACCUUAACUCCCUGGACCAGAGGAAAGAGAUUCCUCAAGGUGUGUCCCGUCGUCUUGAAACGACUGAUAUGCAAUUUCUCAGAAUCGAUUGUUUCGAGAGACGACAUUGCGUCACUUUGCGCAUACUAGUUCAACAAAAAUGUACUCAGUAGAAUCUCUAGAUAUGCAAGAGAAAAGAAAUGUUAUUGGGAAAAAGAGGAAAAGAAAAGUAUAAAUAAAUGGAGUAUUAAAGCUUGAAUUUUGCGAUUUAAAUAUAACAAAGAGCAACAGAUAUAAUUGUUUUGUGAUAGAAGUGAAAACUAAGCGAAUAUUUGAUCGGCGUGUUGUUUGAUAGGUAGAAUGUUUGUACGAUUAAAUAUCAGAAUCUGCAAAUAUAUAAGAAAAUAAACGGAAGAGAUUGAAGUCGAAGUAACAAGCAAGUUGUAACAAUAUUAAAAUAACUAUGAUGUUUUGCUUGAAAUUGUUUAGAAAAUGAUGGAAUUGUAUACAAAUAACACGAUAUCUUUUACAAAAAGAAUGUAUGUAACGAGCCUUCUCCCCUAAUAGCUCUCAAGUGUCGGCAAAGGGGUGUGUAACAAUUUCAUAAAGCUUUAGUCAGUAUAAGGUGGGAUUAGCGAAUAAAUGAAAAAAGCAGUUCUUUGCAUUGUGUAAACAUUGCAUUAUCGUAAAUCGUAAAUGCAAAAUAUCAGAAUUUAUUUUAAAAAUUUAUGCACGUCGUUACUCACACUCUAUUUUAUUUUUCUUAUGUUCAUUUUUAUUAUGAAAAUUUUCAAUUCACACUGCUAUCAUUGACGUUUAUGGACAUUUUUCACGAAUAUAAAGGCAAACAUACACACACGCAUACAUCCAUAAAAAUAUAAAAUGUAGAAUUAUAUAGUAUUAUAUUAUAUGUAUUUUUAAUAUUCACAUAUCUGAAUUAAAGCUUUCGGUAUUAAUAUUGUGUUGCUUAUAUAUAUACUUUUUAAAAUACAUCUUAAAUAAUAGAUACAUUGAUUAAAACUGGUAGAAAUUGCGUUUCCAAGGUUUAUUUACAUAUUGUAGCGUCAAAAAAACACAAGCAAAUAUUCAGUCAUAUUUUUUAAACAAUUGCUCCUAAUUUUUAAUAACAGCGUGUGAGUUUCGCGUGCAUAUAGAACUGUAACACAAAGAACGAAGUUAAAUGUGAGAGUGAGUGUCAACUCACGAAUGAGAUAUACAAAGUUUAUCGUGAAUCCCGUCAUACAGCUGGACAUGUCAAGCGGGAUUUGUUGUUUUUAGUGCGUAAGCAUGUAGAUGGUAAGCGAUAUCAAAAUAUUUAUUUUUGUGACAGGUAAGCGUAUUAUUGUUGUAAGAUUCUAGAUCGUAAAGACUGCGUGCUGCUAAAGAGAAAGAAGCGAGUUUAACCGAGAAUGAAAGGCGAAAGAAAUAUGUGGGUUGAAAGCAGGGUGCCUCUCUCUAUAUCAAUUUGACAUUCGGGCGAUUUGUUGCCGAAUAUACGCGAAGUGUACGUUUUAUUAUAAUUAUCCAACGAUUCGUGGAGACUGGACCAAGGCUUCCGCGAUGGGCGAAGAAGAUUUACUUGAGCGAAAUAUAUUUAAUCAUUUUCUAUCACUGCCUACUUCUGGUUAACUAUAAAUAAGGAGGAAUGGACAAGAGCGAACGAAACGAGAAUCUCCGAUGCGUCUCGAGAUUAACGAAUCUGAUCAAAAUUGUUGAUGUUAGAUCGGAAAACGAAAAAUGUAAGUUAUUUAUUUAAGAUAUAUAUACAAGUAUAUAUCCUUUCGUUACAAGUGCGUUUCUUGUAAAGUACUCGAGAUAGCAAGUCGCGAAUCGAUAUUUGAAUAUUCCUCCGAUCUAGAGAGUAAUGCGGUACGGCGACUAACUUUUUCAACAACAAAGCUGACACAACUCCAAUUCACGCAUCAAUACGUCGAGCGUUAAGAGGUAAUAUAGAAGCAAAUGCUAAAAAAUAAAGUCAGUGAAGAAACGAAAAGAUAGAAUGCAUACACGAUGGAAUUACAGGCGUAAAGAUUUCUUCGAUUUUUAGCAGCGCCUAUUCAUAGAGCAUAAGACUUACAUGUAAAUUGAGAUAAACAUCGAAUGUUGUCUCAUAUCAACUCGAUCACUACCGCAUGUCUUUGAAGUUACGUAAGUAAGUGUAUAAAAGACAGAAACGGGGUAAUUGUGUCAUAGAUAAUUUCGAACUUGAUCGGAUAUUAGUUUUAGACACGAGAAGGGAAAGAAGCAAGUACUCUUACCCCACGAUGGUUAAUCGGAGAUAAGCUAGAUUUAAUAUGUUGUGAGCUUUUUUAUGCGCCGCAAUUAGUUUUAGAAUAAUCUUAUUAUUUUUUAACGCAAAACUAGACUGACGGUAAAACUGGAAUAUUAUUAAGUUCACAAGGUGUAAAAAGAGAGCAUGUGCAAGAUAGUACUAAAUAAGGAAAGAUGAAGUUAUAGUAUUUCUUAUUUCGGAGAUGUAAGUUCUUAUAUUAUGCCUUAAAGCCACCGUGUGUUUAAUCCACCUUAUCUUAAUCAUAUCUGCGCAUGUAUCACGCUUGGAUACUUUCUCUCUGCUAAAAAUAUGUAAUUCAGUAUACACUUCUCUAUAGCCUCACUAUUUCUUGUCACUAUCAUUCUAAGAUAGUUUUAAUCUCUAUUGUACGCUAGAACGCCGAACUGCAUGUUAUCUUCUUUCGCAAACAUCGAGUUAUCUAGAAGAAGUAUCGUCAAAUUUUAGUAACGCGUAAGUUCGAUCAUGAUUUAUGAAAGAAGUGCGGAAAAGUUUGAUUUUAAUUUAAAUCUUGCUACACAAUACAAAUUAUUUUACAUCAACGAUAAGAAAACGAGUUACUUGAUAAUUAUUAUUGUAAUAUAAAAAUAUAUUAGAGUCUUACAGUUUAAUUGGUAAAAAUAUAUUUACAUAUAUGUAUGUGUGUGUGCAGUAAUUAUCAAUUCUCGAUUGUAAUGUGUUAUACGAACAGAAGAGAGUAAUAUGCAGUGCGAAAUAACUUCAGUGUGUUAGCUUCUAUUUAACUUUGCUAUUACUAUGCUAAACUAUAAUCUCGUAAAGCUAUAAUCUCGUACUGCUUUCUUUAGAUAUCGAUAGUAUCAUUGGACAAUAAAACUUCUUUAUAACGCGAUCAGAAACGGAGAUAUAGUACUGAAACUAAUCCAAUAAUCAUAUCCCAAAUAAUUGACAAGUAAUUUAAAUUAAAAAUGAGAUUCAUUUAUGUUCUGUAUAGUUAUUAAAAUAUAAAAUAGUUAUUCGUUCUAAAUACAAUCUCUCUUUAGAUGGAAGUCAGUGAAUAUUUCUUAAAUUAUUUAUCUGCUCUUUUGUGUCGCUAUAUUAUCUCGUGUGUGCGAAUAUAAUAUAUAAAUUUAUUAUAAAUAAUAAAAAAAUUGCGUUCACACAUAUCCACAUAUACAUACAAAAUAAAUUUAUGGAAACUCGCAGGCAUCUUGGCACGUUUCUGAUCGCAAAAAAAUUGAGAUACUUUUUCGCAUAUUUGUUGCAUGCCUAACACUGCAUAUAAUAUAAAAAAAUUCGAAGAAAACGAGAUAAAUAAAUUAGCUUAUUCAAUGUGUGCAAGAUCAACAUUUGCGACAUUAAGUUUUAUCUCUCGCUUUUCACAAUUCAAUAAUUCUGCAUAACUUAAUGCGGUUGUUACGUAUGUAGUUGCUAAACUUUUGGUUGCAUCUUAAAAUUUGUCAUACGAUUUACAACAAGCAAAUAAUUGAAAAAAAUGAUAGAAUAGAGCAUAUCUUCUCGAUCGAUUCCAUUACGUGGAUACUAUCCACGUGUAGCUAAUUCGGCUACCGGGCUGCACAAAGCCGCGAGUACUACUAUCUUGACCCUUUUAAUGUAGAAACACUAUACUCGAAUAGAAUCAAAGAUCUAUCUAUCAAAACCUAUCUCUUCUCUGUAGAUAGUUAACCGAGAGUACUUUCGGUGAUAUAUUUAUCAUAGACAUAUUAUAGCUGCUGGUCAGAGAAAAUACAACAUGACUUGAUUUGUGAAAGUGAUGCAAAAAUGCAAAUGGUAGAAGUACCAAAAUGGGAAUGUAACGUUUGUUGUUCACGAGAGUUAUUCAAGAGA